AGUAUCACUAAGAUGAGUGAUGUUCUCUGUUGCACCGUAACGACCAACAGGUGUUCGUCUCAUGUGAUGGGCUGGAGGCGCCAGAGCGCGAGGCUAGGGGAAGAUUGCAUCACCGUAACAAACAUGGCAUCGAAAGAAGACUUCUAAGCUACACUUAUUUAAUCAAUACGUUACAAUUCCCCCACCUUCAUCUACGUAUUACUACCAAAACUCGACAUAUAAAUGCAUAAUAUAGUUGACAAUCAAUACACUGAUGACGUGCAAGCAACAUAACUUUUUAGCGUGAGGUAGGUUAGCCGUUUCUUGGCAACGUACGUUUAUCAACAUGAAUUAGAUAAUGGGGUGAACUUCUGCAAUAGCGUAUAGCACACGGGGAAUGGUAAAUCCUGGAAUAUCAUUGACAUUGAAAUGUAAAAAUAUAGGUUCAACACGACUCUUCACUACGGUAAAAAAAAACUUUUGCGCAAGACUUCGCUGAGUUGUCUAACAUAGCCUACCCUACUCUAAAUAAAAGUUGGUCCAGUGGAUGAUUAGUCGGGUAGCCCAACUUAAAACGCAGGCCUAGUCUACACAAUAGUUUGUAAAGUCAACUAUUUGAUGCUGCGUGAAACUUCUGACAAUCAUCCCCCACUCUGUGACGCCACCGGAGCAGUUUCAGACAGGGAAGAUAACAAUUUGGUAACUUCUCCACCCCUCCUCCCAGCUCGAUGGAGACCCCUCCCGUAGAGAUGCUCACAUGCUGAACCGCAGUGGCAGCAGCCUCAGUAACACGUCCCCUUGGAGACUAGGAGCAACACGUGAUGUGUCUACUUAUCAGGUUUAGUGAGCAGCGCCUAGGAACGACCUAAGUGGGAGAAAGAGAAGAAAAAGUGAGUUUUCUCCCCCUUGUCGACUGUCGACAUUCUCCAUCGCAGGCCUACUUCUUUUUGAGGAGAAACCUGAGGGGGGUUAAAUUAUUGAGUUGACGAACUUUGAACAUCAUCUGAAACGCCAUUUUGAUUGCUCUCCGGAACAAGUUUGCAGUUUUUUCUAAGUCCAUCAUCUCCAUUCACCAUCAUCUAUGCCUCGGCGCAAGCAGCCCAACCCCGACAAAGUCAAAUUAUGAACAGAAGCUGCUGAGUCUCUCUCUCUCUGCGUUGCCCUCUCACCUAUCCGACUGUGACCCCACCACUCCAUGACCCCUUGAACCCUACGGCCCCAACUCACAAACGGACAUGAACAGCAGCUCCACUGAACAGACGACUAUCGGAGGCGGGGCCACCGCUGCCAUGCCGACGGACAUGGUCCAAUCCGACACGACGCACGAGGACCUCCAAGGGAAGGCCAACCAAGAGAACGAGUUGCAAGAUGAUGAGAGGGCGCCCCGGCAGGGUGAUGUAAGCGCCCAGGAGGCGGAGGAGGCGAGGGGAGGAGAGGAGGGAGGAGACCUGACUCCCAUCAACUCCAUGAUGAACACGGUCAUGAACGCGGGGCAGAUCAACGGGGGCGGCGUGGAGCCUAUUUCCACCAGCACCACGCCCGUCAAGAUGCCCAGCAAGUCCCCCUCUGCCAAUCGGACGGGGAGGAGGAAUCAGGAGGUCAAAGAGGAUCGCGCGACUUUCAUUUGCCCGCUGUGUGACAAGUCCUGUGGCUCCCAGCACCAGCUCACUAUGCACAUCAGACAGCACAACACUGAGAGUGGCGCCACUGACCACUCGUGCAGCAUCUGUGGGAAGGCCCUGAGCUCGGCCAGCUCGCUGGACCGCCACAUGCUGGUUCACAGUGGCGAGCGGCCCUACAAGUGCUCCGUCUGUGGACAGACCUUCACCACCAACGGCAACAUGCACAGACACAUGAAAAUUCACGACAAGGACCCAAGCACUGUCCUCAACUCCAACCCACCCUCCCCAACCAAGCGCAGACGCCUCUCUGUGAAGAGGAAGCCCAGUGUGGACGAUGAUGGAGAGUUAACUGACCAGUCCCCCAAUAAAAAGGUGAUGAUGGAGGAUCAGGCGGGGGAACGAGGUCGAGGCAAACGCGAGGAGGAGCUCUUGCACUGCCCCAUCUGCUUCAAGACCUUCAUUUGUAAAUAUGGGCUCGAGUCCCACAUGGAGACUCAUCCAGACACUACACUGAGGUGUAAUCUGUGCUGCAUCACCUUCCGCACUCAUCGAGGCCUUCUCCGCCAUAACUCGGUCAUCCAUAAGCAGCUACCCACUGACCCCUCGGGACGACCCUUCAUCCAGAGCAACCCCUCGGUGCCUCUCGGCUUCAGCGACUUGGCUUUCAUCGACUUCUCCUGCCACAAGUUUCCUCAAAUUGCCCAGGUUUGGUGUGAAACAAACCUGCGCAGAUGCUCGAGCAAGUUCCACCGGUUUGUGUGCGAGGUCUGCAACAAGGCCUUCCCCCUGCAGGAGUCUUUGGAUCUGCACACAGACACCCACAAAUCCCCCACCAUCGCCACAGGUGGGGCUCAGACGCCCAGUGACAUCACCGGCGCAGAUAAAGCCGGGAUUAGUGCCGCAGAUGAGAAGCAGGAGGAGGGGGAGGGGGAGGCCGUGCCAAAGAGCCUUCUUCCCUCCGAGGAGGAGCGCAAGGCCGGCUUCCUAGAGUACCUCGGCCUGCAGCACAAGUCCAAGGUCAAGCCGGUGCCGUCGGAGGCUGAGAUCCAGCAGGCCAUCCUGGACAGCAUCCGGGUGAUCCGCGUGGAGCCCGCCGUGACGAGCCUACCUCAGGAGGCCAGCAGCAGCCUGAGCCAGAGCAGCGCGCUCAACCUGCUCUCGCUGCAGCCGCUGCCCCGCGGCUUCGUGCUGGGGCCGGACAGCGGGCUGCUGGUGCAUCCCAUCAGUGGCCAGGCCGGGGUGGACGUGCAGCAGAUCCUCAAGAUGGCCACGUCCGUGUCGUCGCAGAUGGCCAAGGCAGCGGCGGCCGGACACCCUCAGCACCAGCAAGGCGAGGGGAAACACGUGCAGCCGCUCAAGCCCAAGCCGCUCGUGACGCCGCGCUCCAGUGUGGGCACGUCCACCCCGCCGCCACCGCCCAUGAGCGCCCAGCAGGCCUCGCCCGGCUACAUCAGCCCCAGCCUGCCGCCGCCAACGGGCCACCUCCUUCGGACCCCCAAGCAAUCCUCGUCUUCCUCCUCCUCCUCCUCCAACUCCUCCUCGUCCUCCUCCUCCCCUGUCAACCAGGGCUACAGCUGGGAGAACGUGCAAAUGGGCUCCGAGAGCGCCGCCGCCACCACCACCGUGCCUUACGACGCGGCCCCGGGCGGCGUCAAGCGCGAGGAGGCGGGCGGCAAGGAAAAGAGCAAGGUGCCAGCCAAGACCGAGUACCCGUGCCGCUUCUGCACGCAGGUGUUCUCCUUCCCCGCUGGGCUCCAGGCGCACAUGCGCCACCACCUGGGGGCCUCGCCCUACCAGUGCAGCAUCUGCAGCUACGCCGCGCCGGACAAGGCCACGCUCAUCCGCCACCUGCGCACGCACAGCGGUGAGCGGCCCUACGUCUGCCGCCUCUGCCACUACCCCUUCACCGUCAAGGCCAACUGCGAGCGGCACCUGCGCAAGAAGCACAUGAAGAACACACGCAAGGAGAUCGAGAAGAACAUCGAGUACGUCACGUCCACAAGUUCGGGCGGCGGCAGCGGCGGCCCCGCGUCCACGCUGGACCUCCUGGACCCGGCGGUCGCCAGCACCACCGCCUGCCGCUACUGCGGCGAGGACCUCAACAACUACCGGGCGCUCCAGAUCCACCUGCGCACGCACAACGGCUGCCAGCGCAAACCGUAUGAGUGCCGCCAGUGCGGAGCAGCCUUCCUGGCCAAGCGCAACUGCAUCCACCACCUGCUCAAGUGCCACCCUGAGGUCCCCGAGAGGGAGAUCGAGGAUCACAUCACCGCUCUGGCGCCAGUGAUGGCCACCACUACCACCACUGCUGCUCUCCAGAGCACCCAGCCCUUGUCAUCUUCCAAUGGCACCCUUGUCCAGUCUGCUAAACUCGACGCCAGCCCCUACUCUCUCGUCGCUGACCAGGACCAGCCUCUAGACUUCUCCAACAAGUCCAGCAGCAUCACCAUUAAACGGGAAGCGGCGCCUUCGCCACAGCCCUUGCCGUAUGACUUUUCCAUGGAGCCGAUUGACCUGUCCAUCCCCAAGGACCCAGAGAGGAAGAGGAUGAAGCGUGAGGCGACGGACCCUGUGCCCCUCCUGUGUGCUGUGGCGGACAUCAAGAAGGAGAUGCCCUCGUCCAGCACGCACAAAGCGCUGGAGGACAGGCCCAUCCUUCAGAGGACUUUUGAAAUCUCUCCACCACAGCUGCUGGCCUCGGCUCUCGGUAGCGACCAGCUCAAGUCCACUGCGAGGCUGAAGCCGCUGCUGCCCAAGCCGUGUUCGGUGGCAAACCCCACCGAGCUUCCCCCUCUGGCCUCUAUUGCGCAGAUCAUCUCCUCCGUGUCCGCUGCCCCAGGGUUGCUCAAAGCGGGCAGCCCCGGCAUAGCCGACAGCGGCAGAGGGCUGAUGGGGGUGGACGUCCUGAAUAGCGCCUUUGGCCUGGACUCCACUCUGGAGGACUCUCUGGUCACAGGGAGCUCCAAGAAGAAAGGCAAGAAGCAGCCUGCCGCGGAGGAGAUGGACGACAGCGGCUUCGGCAUGGCCGUCGGGCUGGACCUGGAGUCCAGCGGCGAGUUCCCCAGCGUGGAGAAGAUGCUAGCCACCACAGACGCUAACAAGUUCAGCCCUUACUUGCGCCCUAGCCCCGUGGAGCCGGCGCUGGAGGAGAUGGAGAGAGAGAGGCAGUCCACCAGCGAAGAGGAGAAAGAAGGGAAUAAAGACAAGCAGAGGCCACGACCUCAGAGCAAAGGGAAGAAGAAUGCUUACUCCAAUUCAGUGCAGAAGAUGACCUGCCCCUACUGCCCACGGGUGUUUCCAUGGGCUAGCUCGUUGCAGAGGCACAUGUUAACACAUACAGGUCAGAAGCCAUAUCCAUGCCCUCAGUGUGAUGCAUUCUUCUCCACCAAGUCUAAUUGUGAGCGUCACUUGCUCCGCAAGCACGGUUUGACCAGUCGCCUGCUCCAGAGCAAUGGGCAGCGCUCCAAAGGCAGAGGAGAGGAAGGGUCCCAAGGAAGCGCAGAGAGCAUAUCUGAUGUGGAGGCAGGAGUGCACACAGAUGCAGGAGACGCUCACCCUUCCUCUGAUGGGUCCAGCAGCAGUGCCGAGACUCACGAGCCCACGCAGCAGGAGCAGCCGGCCGCAGCGGAGCAGAAUGCCCAGAGUGGGUCAGAUGACGCCGACAGCAGGGCAGACGAACUGGACAGCGCCACAGUCGAGGACGGUGACGACACGCAGAGCAACACAAGUCUGGAUGUGAAUCUGGCCUGUAAGCUCAUUGACUUCAAGCUGUCGGCCGACGGUCAGGAGCAGCCCGCUGCGGUGGCCUCUCCUGGCGCAGCCCGGGUGGAGCCGGAGAGCGGCUCCUCAGAUGAGUUUCAGCAUACCUGCCCCACCUGUAAGAAGAGCUUCCGCCACGCGGCCACCCUCAGCCGCCACCUGAAGUCCCACCUGCAGGAGGCCCUGGCCGAAGAGGUUGCCAAGAAGAAGGGCCGCCAGCAGAGGCCGACCCCGAGCUCCUCUCCCAAAGCUGGGGAGGUGGACGGGGGCACCCCGGAGAAGGACGUGAACGGCAGCAGUGUGGAGACGUCCGGGGCCGAGGAGGACGAGAGAGAGAAGGACCGAGAGGAGCAGAGUGAUGAGGAGGAAGACAGCGGCUCCUCCGAAUCUAAGGGGGGCGACGGCGAGAACGGAGCCUCAGGGAAGACGGACAAGAGGAAGAAAAUCUGCAACAUGUGCAACAAACGGUUCUGGAGCCUUCAGGACCUGACUAGACACAUGCGCUCACACACAGGUGAGAGGCCAUUUAAAUGCCAAACAUGUGAGCGGACCUUCACCCUAAAGCACAGCCUAGUGAGGCAUCAGCGCAUCCACCAGAAGCCCCAAGACAGCAAGGGCUGUGACGCCGAAGACGAGGAUGAGGAGAUGAGCGAGGCCCUGCUGAGGGACGACCUGGGCUCCGAGGAAGGAGAGGGAUUCCCCUGCGCCUCGGGGAGCGAGAGCGAGUCCAUCCCCUGCAGCACCAACCCUGCUACGGAGAGCGAGAUGGAGAGCGAGAAGAAGGAGUCAGGGGAUGAACACAGGGAUGAGAAAGAAGGAGACGACAACCAGGAAGAAGUAAAAGAGGAGGAGAACGAGGAAGAGGAGGUGGAGAAGAAGAAGGAGGAAUUGGCGAUUGGAGAGAAGAAGAAAGAGGAGGCAGGGGAAGCAGUUGUGGAGGAGACGGGGGUGUCGACAGAGGAGCCCUUAAAAGAGUCUAAUGCCAACAACAGUGUUUCCUCAGAAGGCCAGCCAGGUGGCGCUAGUGAGCCCUGUCCGGGCCAGGCUGAUGACAUGGCAGAGGCUGAGAAACAUCAGGAGCCCAUUCAGUGAGUGGAGUGCCCUCCAGACUGCUGUGGGCAGUGGCCCAGUCAUCAGAACAGAACUUUGUGUUGUUCUUGUGCCAUACAUCAGCAACUGAGCGGGUGCAAAAUGGGUCUGGGUUUUGACAUUGUUUAGUACUUUUUUCAUUUAUUUCUCUGCAUGUGGAAAAAUUGAAAACAAUCAGCUCAAAGAUCAUUUUUAAAAGUGCCUUAAUAUUUUUCCCAGAUCAGAUAAUUUUCUAUUAACUGGAUAGGAUUUUUACAAAUAUUUUAAAGUUGUUGAUUAUAAUUUUGAAAUGAAAUGAUAAUCCAGCAUUUAUAUCACAUUCUAUUUGUAUAAAUAAGAUUGAGGAGAGAGAUAUAGAAACAUUUAAAGAUGUAUUAUUGAUAAGUGAAAAAAAUCCAUUUUGUUUUUAGUAUUAAGGACCUUUGGCUUGAAUGUGUUUUGUUCCAUGCGGGACAAGGCAGACCUGAAGUGCCUGGGACAUUUGCAUCAUCUUUGAAUGAGCAGAUGCUCAUUGAAGGAGUUGGACCUACAGAAAAAAAAAAUACAAAUGCAAUGAUGCUCAGUUUAUAAUUUAACAAGUCUGACAGUUCACUGAUGGAACAUUUUUGGCAAUAUUUGCUCUUUUUUGAGCCAUUCAGAUGGAGAAAAGAAAUCCCAGUUGUGGACAAGCUUUUGUGGGACUGUUCCCCCUGGUGGCUGGGAUCGUCAUGCUUUAUGUCAAGACACUAGCUGUGAUGCUUGGUCUUGCAGCUGGGAAGACUGUGUGUAUGUUUAUGUGUGUGUGUGUUCUGGCUGAAUUCAGUGUGUAUUAGACACCAGUGUGUGUGUUUGACAACGAUAAGUAUUUCAUUACUGUGUUAACUGAAGUGCACUGCGUGCAUCUGUUUAAUGCUGUCUUGAGCUGGAAGGGUUAGCUUGUAUUCUGUGUGCCCUGCUGGCUUUGUUGCCUUACAGAAUAUGCCUGUCUUCAUUUGUACUGCAGUCUUUAAGAUAAGCCUUUUUAGUAGCUAACAUAAGCAACCUCAGUAGCUAACGAAACAAACCUCAAGAUGUCUGUCGGCAGAAGCUGAUAAUGUGUAGGUUAUGGCUGGAGUGUUAAGUAAUAUGAGUUGGCAAAGAAAGCCCAAGUCUGAAUGACUUAGAACAAAAUGGAGCUGCAGAAAAGUCAAGUCCUGCACGGUCAACAGUGUAAACAGUAAUAUGCAGCAUCUCAGAUGAACAGAUAUAUAAUUCUGAAGCAUGUAAUGGUAUUAUACAAACGCAUAGCAUCUUCCAUUCAUAAUUUAAUAGAGAAGUGGUUGAUUUGGACACUCCCUUUGGCCAUGACUUUGGCUGGUUGUCUUGCAAGGUAACCAGAAGACAUUGUUAAUUCACCCUUGGACUGUAUUUGUUCUGGGGGGAAAAGUUAAUCUAGCCUAUCUCUUCUUUGUGUGUGUGUGUGUGUGUGCGCGUGUAUGUGUGAGCCUGCAUGGUAACAGCUAGUCUGAUCAUAAAAACACACUGAAUUGUUUUAAUCUAUUUAUUGGGGAAACUAGAAAGCGCUGAAAGCAAUCCUGAGAAGCCAUGAGAUGUCACGUUCAUGCUGCUAAGAGGGGUUGGAGAGAUGGAGUGAUGUUUGGAUUUUCUAUUAGCCGUGGGUUCUGAAGCAUGAGAUACUGUAUAGGCCUUAAAUUACAUUUGUUAAUUUGUCUUGUUUUGUUGCAAUUAGUUGAACUCUAAUACUAAAAAAGCUAAAGAAAAAAAAGAGGUAUUGGAAUGAGUUUGCAUAGACAUGUUUAAGUUUGAUUCUUAGAAUAGUGUUUGCAUGUUAUUCUAUAAUUUUGUUCUUUUGUCAGUUCUCUUUCUCAGGGGCGUUUCUGAAUAUGCAUACUCUAUGUUAUCAUUAUUUUGUUGGGGAAAUCCAUGAUCUUUAUUAUAGUGAGAAAAGCAAUCACUACAAUAACAUGUGCACUUGACUGUGAAUUUGUUCAGGAAAGUUUGCCAAUGGCUUCAUCUCAGCUCAUUUUUGUCUUCUCUUGCCUUCUUUUCUUGUAGCCUAUCCAAAUUGGCUGUUUAAAUCACCACACAACAUUUUAAACAAGUGUGCUUGAAACAUCUUGGUUCUGACAUAUGGUUUGAUUUUCUAUUUUCUUUUCUUCUGUACAGGUUCUUUGUAUAAUGUUAUUCUAUGUUGAAAUCAUUUAAACAAUAAAUGUACACUAAGAAA